UUGGCAAUCAUAAAAGGUGAUGAUGAUGGUGGUGAUGGUGAUGAUAGUGAUGAUGGUGAUGAUGGUGGCAGUGAUGAAGUUGAUGAUAAUAAUGGUGUUGAUAGUGAUGAUAAUGGUGAUGAUGGUGAUGAUGAUAAUGGUGAUGAAGGUGAUGAUAAUGAUGGUGUUGAUAGUGAUGAUAAUGGUGAUGAUGGUGAUGAUAAUGAUGGUGUUGAUAGUGAUGAUAAUGGUGAUGAUGGUGAUGAUGAUGGUGAUGAAGGUGAUGAUAAUGAUGGUGUUGAUAGUGAUGAUGAUGGUGAUGAAGGUGAUGAUAAUGAUGGUGUUGAUAGUGAUAAUGAUGGUGAUGAUGGUGAUGAUAAUGGUGAUGAAGGUGAUGAUGAUGAUGGUGUUGAUAGUGAUGAUAAUGGUGAUGAUGGUGAUGAUAAUGGUGAUGAAGGUGAUGAUAAUGAUGGUGUUGAUAGUGAUGAUAAUGCUGCAAUAGCAAAGGUAAAGUCUCACCUGCCGGCCCCCCACGUCUCUCCUUCCUCUUCACAGGUUUCUGACAGAUGUGACUACGUCUUUGUCAAUGGAAAGGAAAUGAAAGGCAAGGUGAACGUGGUGGUCAACUUCACCUACCAGCACCUGAGCAGUGCCCUGGAGAUGACGGUGUGGGUGCCCCGGCUCCCACUGCAGAUUGAGGUCUCCGACACUGAACUCAAUCAGAUCAAGGGCUGGAGGGUGCCCAUUGUCUCCAACAAAAGGCCGGCUGGGGACAGCGAGGAAGAGGAUGACGAGGAGAGAAGGGGCCGCGGCUGCACACUGCAGUACCAGCAUGCCAUGGUGCGGGUCCUGACGCAGUUCGUGGCAGAGGCAGCUGACCCGGGGGCCCACGCGGCCCACCUGCUGGGCUCAGACUGGCAAGUGGACAUCACGGAGCUGAUCAGCGACUUCGUGCAGGUGGAGGAGCCCAGGAUUGCCAAGCUGCAGGGAGGACAGGUGCUGAUCGGGCAGGAGCUGGGGAUGACCACCAUUCAGAUCCUGUCUCCUCUGUCGGAUGCCAUCUUGGCUGAAAAGACUAUUACUGUGCUGGACGAGAAGGUGACCAUCACGGACCUUGGCGUCCAGCUGGUGACAGGACUGUCACUCUCCUUGCAGCUCAGCCCAGGGAGCAACAGAGCCAUCUUUGCCACUGCAGUGGCUCAGGAACUUCUGCAGAAGCCCAAACAGGAAGCGGCCAUCAGUUGCUGGGUCCAGUUCAGUGAUGGCUCUGUCACGCCCCUGGAUAUUUACGACGGGAAAGACUUCUCUCUGAUGGCCACAUCCUUGGAUGAGAAGGUGGUCUCCAUCCACCAGGACCCCAAGUUCAAGUGGCCUAUAAUUGCCGCUGAAACGGAAGGACGCGGUGCUCUGGUCAAGGUCGAAAUGGUUAUCAGCGAAUCGUGCCAGAAAUCCAAGCGCAAGAGUGUGCUCGCUGUCGGGACAGCAAAUAUCAAAGUAAAAUUUGGUCAAAACGACGCCAGCCCCAACACCAGCGACAGCAGACACGCCGGGGCAAGUGUUCACCUGGAAAAUGACAUCAGUGACAGAAGGCCCAAAAAGACCCUGUACGAGUGGGAGAGCCCAGAGGGCCGGUACUACAGCAGUUCUUCCGUGGGACUCAUGGAAGGGCGGGGCACCGUGACAGAGAGGUCCACCCUGCGGAAGAAGAACGAUGGCGACAGCCACCUGCAGACCAUCCCCUUCGACCUCACCAGCUUCCCAGCCCAGGUGGACCUGCCCAGAAGCAACGGGGAGAUGGAUGAGAACGACCUGAUGCAGGCCUCCAAGGGGCUGAGUGACUUAGAAAUUGGGAUGUAUGCUUUGUUGGGUGUCUUCUGCCUGGCCAUUCUGGUCUUCUUAAUAAACUGCGUGACCUUUGCUUUAAAGUACAGGCACAAACAGGUUCCCUUUGAAGAACAAGAAGGUAUGAGCCACUCCCACGACUGGGUUGGGUUGAGCAACCGGACAGAACUGCUGGAGAACCACAUUAACUUCGCAUCCUCCCAAGAGGAGCAAAUCACUGCCAUUGACAGGGGCAUGGACUUCGAGGAGAGUAAAUACCUCCUCAGCACAAACUCCCAAAAAAGCCUCAAUGGGCAGCUGUUUAAACCCUUAGGAUCCACAAUCCUGGACGGGAAAGAUCAGAAAAGUGAGCCCCCAACAUCCCCUACCUCAAAAAGGAAAAGAGUGAAGUUCACCACCUUCACCACCAUCCCCUCGGAUGACCCGGGCCCCACCAGGGACUCCCUGGGGCUGAGCAGUGAGGAUGACAUUAAGUGGGUCUGCCAGGAUCUGGACCCUGGGGAAUGCAAAGAGCUACACAACUACAUAGAGAGGUUACACGAAAAUGUGUAAGCCGCACACACAUUUGUUCUCACUCACCUUUCAGCCUUUAAUUCCAGGAUGUGUAGCAGCGGUGCACCCGGGACAGAAAUGAAAUGACAGGACAAGAGAAGGGUGACGCUGUCCAGAGAGUCUCGGAAAACAACCCCAGCCCAGCGCGGGAGGCCCCGAGUCAGCAUCGGUGCACACAUUCCAGCGUACGAUGUCUUGUCUAAAGUUAAGAGGUUUAUCACUCAUGGGAAGAUUUUUAAAACUUGGAACAAAAAUGAGUUCUGAAUCACUGAAC